UCAUGCGCCUUGUACCAGCGAGAUUGAUUGCCGUAAAGUUCGUGUUAUUACAUAUUCCUGCAAAGCAAACAUCCGAACGGCAUGGCGGCGACACAAAUUACCAUCGAUCAGUUAGAUAAAGAUCAAAUAAAGUCGUUUUCGGAUUUUUUGCUAUCGUAUAACAAACUGUCCGAACUCUGCUUCAUCGAUUGCGUGAAUGAGUUUACCGGACGGACGGUGAGCGAUAAGGAGGACAAGUGCACCCUGAACUGUAUGGAAAAGUUUCUCAAGAUGAACCAACGCAUCUCCCAGCGGUUUCAAGAAUUCCAGAUGUUAGCGAACGAAAACGCUAUUGCAGCGGCACAGAAACUGAGUGGCAAAUAAUUUUCCAUCGCCAUCCUGGUGAUGCAUUUAGCUUUUAUUAUUUGAUUGAAUAAAUGAAUCACAGUGAAGGUGUCAUCCUCACCGUUGGAUUCAUAUAGGUUAAUGUUAACCUAGUAGCGUU